UGGUGGCUUCCCGCGGGCAGCGAGGGGAGCAGCAGUCGCCAUGUCCGGCUUUGACGACCCCGGCAUUUACUACAGCGACAGUUUUGGGGGCGAUGCGUCGGUGGACGAGGGGCAGGUUCGGAAGUCGCAGCUGCAGAAGCGGUUCAAGGAGUUUCUGCGGCAGUACCGGGUGGGCACGGACCGGACGGGCUUCACCUUCAAAUACAGGGAUGAGCUUAAACGGCACUAUAACCUGAGUCAGUACUGGGUGGAGGUGGAGAUGGAAGACUUGGCUAGCUUUGAUGAAGAUCUUGCUGACUAUCUUUACAAGCAGCCAGCGGAGCACCUGCAGCUGUUGGAAGAAGCAGCAAAAGAAGUCGCAGAUGAGGUCACCCGUCCUCGUCCUUCAGGGGAGGAAACUCUCCAAGACAUCCAGGUGAUGUUGAGAUCGGAUGCCAAUGCAGCCAACAUCCGCAGCCUGAAGUCUGACCAGAUGUCCCACCUUGUGAAGAUCCCUGGGAUCGUAAUUGCAGCAACCCCUGUGAGAGCCAAAGCCACCAGAAUAGCCAUCCAGUGCCGCAGCUGCCGUAAUACCAUCAGCAACAUUGCGGUGCGCCCAGGCCUGGAGGGUUACGCUCUCCCCAGGAAAUGCAACACAGAACAAGCCGGCCGCCCAAAGUGCCCGCUGGACCCCUAUUUCAUCAUGCCAGAUAAGUGCAAGUGUGUGGACUUCCAGGUCCUGAAGCUGCAGGAGUCCCCGGACGCUGUGCCGCACGGGGAGAUGCCCCGGCACUUGCAGCUGUACUGCGACAGGUACCUGUGUGACAAAGUUGUCCCAGGGAACAGAGUCACUAUCAUGGGCAUCUACUCCAUCAAGAAAUCUGCCCAGAGCAAGAAUAGAAGCCGUGACAACGUGGGCGUGGGCAUCCGAAGUGCUUACAUCCGCGUGGUGGGCAUCCAGGUGGAUGUGGAGGGCUCAGGACACAGUUUUGCUGGCUCGGUGACCCCUCAAGAAGAGGAGGAGCUUCGUCGCCUUGCUGCCAUGACCAACAUCUACGAGACCAUUGCCAAAAGCAUCGCACCCUCCAUCUAUGGCAGCACCGACAUCAAGAAGGCCAUUGCCUGCCUCUUAUUUGGAGGCUCUCGCAAGAGGCUCCCAGAUGGGCUGACCCGCAGAGGAGACAUCAACUUACUGAUGCUGGGUGACCCCGGCACAGCCAAAUCCCAGCUGCUGAAGUUCGUCGAGAAGUGUUCGCCCAUUGGGGUGUACACCUCGGGGAAAGGCAGCAGCGCUGCUGGCUUGACGGCCUCGGUGAUCCGCGACCCUUCCUCCAGGAGUUUCUUCAUGGAGGGAGGAGCCAUGGUGCUGGCAGACGGGGGAGUGGUGUGCAUCGAUGAGUUCGACAAGAUGCGGGAGGAUGACCGCGUGGCCAUUCAUGAGGCCAUGGAGCAGCAGACCAUCUCCAUUGCUAAGGCAGGAAUCACAACCACACUCAACUCCCGCUGCUCAGUGCUGGCAGCUGCCAACUCCGUCUUCGGGCGCUGGGACGAGACCAAGGGCGAGGAGAACAUUGAUUUUAUGCCCACCAUCCUGUCCCGAUUUGACAUGAUUUUCAUCGUCAAGGAUGAGCACAACGAGGAGCGAGACAUGACACUGGCCAAGCAUGUGAUGUCCUUACACGUGAGCGCCUUGACGCAGACCCAGGCCGUGGAGGGCGAGAUUGAGCUGAACAAGCUGAAGAAACUCAUCUCCUUCUGUCGGACGAAGUGUGGCCCUCGGCUGUCAGCGGCGGCGGCGGAGAAGCUGAAGAACCGCUACAUCCUGAUGCGGAGCGGCACUCGCCAGCACGAGCAGGAGAGCGACCGCCGCUCCAGCAUCCCCAUCACCAUCCGGCAGCUGGAAGCCAUCGUGCGCAUUGCCGAGUCCCUGGGGAAGAUGAAGCUUCAGCCCUUUGCCACAGAGGCAGAUGUUGAGGAGGCCUUGCGGCUCUUCCAGGUGUCCACGCUUGAUGCAGCCAUGUCGGGCAGCCUGUCAGGGGCAGAAGGCUUCACGACACAGGAGGACCAAGAGAUGCUGUCCCGCAUUGAGAAGCAGCUCAAGCGCCGGUUCGCCAUCGGCUCUCAGGUGUCGGAGCACAGCAUUGUCCAGGACUUCAUGCGGCAGAAAUAUCCAGAACACGCCAUCUACAAGGUGCUGCAGCUGAUGAUGCGACGGGGGGAGAUCCAGCACCGCAUGCAACGCAAAGUCCUCUAUCGCAUCAAGUGACCUUCCUGUCCCACACGCGGGGAGGGAACCGCUGCUGCCUGACACAGGCCUGCGUGCAGGCAGAGUGCCCCAUGGGGUCGGAGCCUGCUCCUGGAAGAAGCUUUUCCUUGGGGAGCUAAACAGCCCAGGGCCUCCCUCUUGAACCAGGGUUUGGGGUGGGCAGGGUUCCCCUUGGGUGCUCUGUCACUGUGUCAUAUCGAUGUUUCUUUGAGCUCCAAAAGCUUUUAGUUUGUAUUAAAAUAAAAACUGAUACUGGUA